AUGGAACCCAUUUUAAACAUAAGCAAUUCAAACUUCCCCAAAUUAGUUUUGAAUGGAAACAUUGAAAUUGUUAAAUAUGUUGAUUAAGAAAGUUUUAAGUAAUUGGGAAAACCAAAAGCAAAAUACUCUAGAAUUUCCUAGUUUCCAAAUCAAUUGCAAAAAUUAAAAUCAGAUUCUCUAGUGCAUUCUCUAUUAUUAUGA